UCGUAACAUUGCCUAACGUUAAGAACGAGGGCAGGCUAGCCUACGACUACCGCACCCAUAGGUGCCUAAAGGAAAUUAAAUAAAUUAAUGGUGGAACUUAAAGGGAACAGUGUGAUCAGUGUAUUAGUGUAUCAAGUGCAUCAGAGUUCUUUGUUUUACGAUAUAUAACGUACGGAGGGAACUUUCGUCAUUUACCCUGGUCGAUCGACUCGAUAUCCGGGUAGAGCUAUCGCAGUAGCCUUUUUACAUGUUUUGAGUGUGGAAUGGUUGACUCGUUGUCUAUAUCUUUUCAGAGUUCAGUUUUAAUUUCGUAUAAGUAUUUUCUAUAGUUAAAAAUGGCGUCAACGGUGCACAUUUCCAUAGUGUGUAUUAAGCAAAGACACUUUGUAUAAGCAAAGUCUUUUUGUCUCUGGUAGCCUAUAAUUACGUAGCAUACUCGCUGCGACCAUAAAAGGCUCCAACCUGCGGAAGGCCCCAUAAAGAGAAGGCCAAUUCAAGAAGCGUGUUGCUGCACCUGAUCUGCGCAUACAUCGCUGACGGACUGAAGAAACCGUGUAGGCCUAUGGUGUAUUGUGUUGUAUAGCGUAACUAAGAUUAUCUGUAAAUUAGGCUGUAUUUUUUUUCACUGACAAUAUGAGAUACAGAGUAUUAAAACAUUGUAAAAACUUGUUCUUUGACUUUUCCCACACUCGGCCUUCAAGAAAAGUGCACUUGAUCUAGGCUACAUCACUGACGGUAUACUGUGUAUGGAGUGUUGCGCAGUAGGCUAGGCUAUUUGUCUUGUAAUGAACUUUAUCGGUGAGUUAUAUUUUAUUUAUAUAGUUUAUUUUUAGUUAUAUUGUAUUUUAAAAUUUGACAUAUGUAACCUGCGUUGUGUGGAACCACCGCGGUCCAGCCCUGCACACGCCCGCGAGACAGCAGCACCUCGGAUCGGGAGUCGAGCGCGCUAACAAUCCAGCUAAAAGCCCAGGCUACUAGCUUUCAUGCCAGCAGCGCUCUUGAAGCGUCGGGGAGUGAGGUUUACUAACGUUCUACAGCAUAGCUAACAAGCUAGCACCCGUUACACAUAACACACGCAAGUACCAAAUGUAAAAUAUUAUUACCGUUAUUGCUUGGUCUGUUGAAGGCUAUGGGCUCCAGGCAUUUCAAUGAAUGUAAUACACUUUAAAUUGUGCUGUCCUGGUCUAGUAAAACCACAAUGAGUCAAGAGGAUGUGAGGUCACAGUAGGACACUCUGACCUCUGUGCUACACAACUGUGACCAACAAGGACAUGGAUGCCGUAUUAAGCAAGAAGAGGACAUCAACACGGACCGAUGCAGGACCACAGGCACACAGACCUCCAUCUCCAGUGCCCAGCUGUGUGUCCAUGAAGAGUGAUUGGUCCAUGCCUGAACCUCUUAACUUCAGCAGUGGACCAGCCCCAUCAGGAAUAAAACCACAGACACACAGACCUCCAUCUCCAGUGCCCAGCUGUGUGUCCAUGAAGAGUGAUUGGUCCAUGCCUGAACCUCUUAACUUCAGCAGUGGACCAGUCCCAUCAGGAAUAGAACCACAGACACACAGACCUCCAUCUCCAGUGCCCAGCUGUGUGUCCAUGAAGAGUGAUUGGUCCAUGCCUGAACCUCUUAACUUCAGCAGUGGACCAGCUCCAUCAGGAAUAAAGCCACAGACACACAGACCUCCAUCUCCAGUGCCCAGCUGUGUGUCCAUGAAGAGUAAUUGGUCCAUGCCUGAACCUCUUAACUUCAGCAGUGGACCAUCCCCAUCAGGAAUAAAGUUAAGGGCUGAUCUGACCCAGGAUCAGUCCAGGUGUGGAGUGUGUGAACAGGUACUGAAGGACCCAGUCAUCACCACCUGUGGACACAGUUUCUGCAGGCAGUGCAUCAGCAGCUACUGGGAGCAGCCUGGACUACCAGGAGACCAAGCCUGUCCCCAGUGUAGAAAGACAUGCAGAACCCAACCUGGACUACCUGGCAGCAAGAGGGAUAUAGAUGAGGACCUGAGGAGAGUUAUAAAGAAUCACAAAGCCAGUCUGAAGAGGAGGUUUGAGAACAUAUCUGAAGGCAUCAUCAAUCCAGGAGCUGAGAUACUCCUCAAUGAGAUCUACACAGAGCUCUACAUCACAGAGGGAGAGAGUGAAGGGGUGAAUAAGGAACAUGAGGUUUGGCAGGUAGAGUCAGCUUCCAGAUCUCAAUCCACAGAAGACACACCAAUCAACUGCAAUGACAUCUUCAAGCCCUUACUUGGACAGAAGAAGCACAUCAGAAUUGUGAUGACCAAAGGUGUUGCUGGAAUUGGAAAAACUGUCUCAGUUCAGAAGUUCAUUCUCGACUGGACAGAUGGGGUAGCCAAUCAGGAUUUAGAUUUCAUGUUUACCCUUUCUUUCCGUGAGCUGAAUUUAGUCAGGGAUGAUCAGUAUAGUCUUCACAACCUCCUGCUUGACUUCCACCCUGAACUGCAGGAGCUGAAUGAUGGUGAAGGAUACAAAGACUGUCGGGUUGUGUUCAUCUUUGACGGUUUGGAUGAGAGUCGGUUGACUCUGGAUCUGGAAGAGAACAGUGAGUUGUCCGAUGUGAAACAAACAUCAUCAGUGAAUGUUCUGAUGACGAGCCUCAUUCAGGGAACUCUGCUUCCUUCUGCACUCAUCUGGAUAACCUCAAGACCAGCUGCAGUCAGUCAGAUUCCUGCUCAGUUCAUCGACCAGGUAACAGAAGUACGAGGAUUCAAUGACCCACAGAAGGAAGAGUACUUCAGGAAGAGAAUCAGUGAUGAGAGUCAGGCCAACAGAAUCAUAUCACACAUUAAGACCUCCAGGACUCUCCAUAUCUUGUGCCACAUUCCAGUCUUUUGUUGGAUUACCGCCACUGUGCUUCAACAGAUGCUGGAACAGGACAACACCCAGGAAAUACCCACAACUUUGACUGAGAUGUUCAUACACUUCUUGCUCAUCCAGACCACCAGGAAGGAUCAGAAGUAUCAAGGAAGAAAUGACACAGAUCGAGAGAGACUCCUGAAAUCACAUAAGGGUGUCAUACUAAAACUGGCAGAACUGGCUUUUAAGAAUCUCUUUCAAGGGAAUCUCAUGUUUUAUGAAGAAGACCUGAGAGAGUGUGGCAUUGAUGUCAGUCAAGCCUCUGUGUACUCUGGCAUGUGCACUGAGAUCUUCAAGGAAGAAUCUGUGUUUCAGCAGAAGAAGGUCUACUGCUUUGUGCAUCUGAGCAUCCAGGAGUUUCUGGCAGCACUUUAUGUCUUUUUUUCUUUUAAAAGUAUGAACGAGAAACUGAUUGCACCUGAACUUUUUGUCAAGAAAGAUCAGUUACCUUUAGAAGAGUUGCUGGAGAAAGCAGCAGACAAAGCAUUGCAGAGCAGCAAUGGACACCUGGAUCUAUUCCUUCGUUUCCUUAUGGGCGUCUCAUUGGAGAGGAAUCAUAGACUUCUGCAAGGACUACUCACACAUCCGCUCAACACCUCAGAGAGCAUCUGGAAAACAUGCAAGUACAUUAAGGAGCUCAACAGAGAAGAUAUCUCCCCUGAGAGAUGCAUCAAUCUUUUCUUCUGUCUACUUGAAAUGAAAGAUAAUUCAAUGCACCAAGAAAUUCAAGAAUAUCUGCAAUCACCCAAGGAUUUUAAAGGCCAGUUGUCUCCUGCCCACUGUUCAGCACUGGCCCACAUGCUCCUGAUGUCUGAGGAAGUGCUGGAAGAGAUUGACCUGAAGAAAUACAACACAUCAGAUGAGGGACGCAGAAGACUGCUCCCAGCUAUGAAGUGCUGCAGAAAGGCAAAAUUUGCUGAAUGCAAACUCUCAGAUAAAUCCUGUGGAAAUGUUGCCUCGUCUCUCCAGUCCCCAAACUCCCUGAUAGAGCUGGACCUGAGUAAAAAUGAUCUGGGAGAUUCUGGAGUCCAGCUUCUCUGUAAGGGACUGUUUAGUCCCCACUGUAAACUGCAGACAUUAAGGCUCUCCUGUUGUCAAAUCUCAGAUGAAGGUUAUGCUUGUCUGGCCCUCGUUGUGAUGUCAAAUCCCUCCUGUGUGAAAGAGCUGGAUGUGAGCAACAAUCAGCCUGGAGAAUCAGCACAGAAACUGUUAUCUGCUACACUGGAGAAUCGUCACCAUGAAGCUGAAACAUUUCGGCUUGCUGUUUGCAAACUCACAGAUAAAUCUUGUGAGAUUGUGGCUUCAGUUCUACAAUCGCCAAACUUCCCGCAAGAGCUGGACUUGAGUGACAGUGAUUUGGGGGACUCUGGAGUUCAGCUUCUCUCUAAAGGACUAUCCAGUUCCAACUGCAAAAUACACACAAUAAGGCUUGAUGAUUGUAAACUCACAGAUAAAUCUUGUGAGAUUGUGACUAAAGUUCUACAGUCACCAAACUCCCUGCUACAGCUGGGCUUGAGUGACAAUGAUCUGGGGGAUUCUGGAGUUCAUCUUCUCUCUAAAGGACUGUCCAGUUCCAACUGCAAAAUACACACAUUGAGGCUCUCUGAUUGUCUCCUCUCAGAGAAGGGUUGUGGUUUUCUGGCUUCAGCGCUAUCUUCAAACCCCUCCCAUCUAAAAGAGCUGGAUCUGAGCUACAAUCAUCCUGGAGAAUCAGGAUUGAAGCUGUUGUCUGCUAGACUGGAGGAUCCUGUCUGUGAACUGGAGAUACUUAAAACUGACCAUUCUUCUGUAAGCAGAGCACGACCACGUUUGCUGAAAUAUGCCUGUGAUCUCACACUGGACCCAAACACAGCACACAGAAAUCUCUCUCUCUCUGAGGGGAACAGAAAGGUGACACAUGUGGAUGAGGAGCAGCCGUAUCCUGAACACCCAGAGAGAUUUGACUGCUGGGAGCAGGUGUUGUGUAGAGAGGGUCUGACUGGACGCUGCUACUGGGAGGCUGAGUGGAGUGGAGAUGAAGGAGCUGCUAUAUCUGUGGCCUAUAAAAGCACCGAGAGGAAAGGGGACAGUUAUGACGUCAUAAUGGGACGGAAUGCCAAGUCCUGGAGUCUGCGCUGCUCUCAUGACAGUUACUCUGUCUGGCACAAUAAGAAACGCAUUGACAUACCUGCCCCCUCCUCCGGCUCCAGAAGAGUAGGAGUGCACCUGGACUGGCCGGCCGGCACUCUGUCCUUCUACAGCGUCUCCUCUCACACACUCACCCACCUGCACACGUUCCACUCCACAUUCACUGAGCCCCUCUGUCCAGGGUUUAUGUUUUAUUAUAGUGAUUAUAGCUCCUCAGUGUCCCUGUGCCAGAUCACAUGAGCUCCUCCUCCAGCAGGUACAUUCGCCUGUCACCCUUUCUCUCAAUACUCAGUUUCUACCCCCACUCCUCUCUUUUUCUCUCUCAUUCCCCUCCCUUUCUCUUUGCCUCUCUGUCCCCUCUUACAUUCUCUACUCCCUCUUUUUCUCCCUCUCUCCUCUCUCUUUCUGACCCUUCAUUCUUUCUGUCUCCUCUCCCCUAUCCUUCUGUUUCCUCCCUUUCCACUUCUAUUUGUAUGAAACUGUUGUCUAUUUGCAGACUUCAUCAUGACCCCUCUUUCUACACGUCUCUCUUUCCCUCUUCCCUCUCUUCUCCUCCUUCUCUCUUUCUGUCCCUUAUCUUUCUGUAUUAUGAAGCUACUGUGGGCCAUCAGCACAAUAAAUUAAACCAGGAACUUUGGCCACUAGGCUACAAGUACGAUUUACGUUUAUAUUUAAAAUUAUCAUGCACCAUUGUUGCUGUAGUUUUUCAUCUUCAGGUGUGUGUGUGUGGUUUGUAUGAAACUGCCAAAAUUCAAACAUAAAUUCAUCAACACAAGACACUGCGCAACAUUCCGCAGUAACCACGUAACCGUAGCAACAUGCAUUGUGAUGUAAGCACCUGGUGCUUGAUCUGUGGCCCUGGCGGUUGAGCAUGCUGCAGGAACACCAGAGUCACACACUCCUGUUCAUACACAUGUGUGAUGCUGAGAUGCUGUUGAGAUACUGAUAUCUGUAUAUUCAGUGUUUAGACUACUGUUUUGGUGAUGUUAAACAAAUGCUGACAUUUUGUGUUUUUCCUAAAACUAUUUGAUGAGUGCAGUAAAAUGUUUCAGCAACAACAACAUGCUGUGUUCUGUUGUCCGCGAAGUGUAGUUAUUUGCAUUUUAGUUUUUUUGAAAGUUAUUUGCUGAUCUGUGUCAGUGUCAGUGUUUCUAUAUGUGUUUACACAGAACUAUAGAAAUAUGAUUGUUUUUCUUGAUUUAAAUAAAAUGUAUUUUCAAAAUAAAAUGUGACCUUCAAAUAAAAAUUCUGAAAGGA